AUGAGCUCAUUCGUACCAACUGUGUCAGAUCCUUCAGACUUUGCCCACUGCUCAGAGCCUCGCCUCGUUGAGUUUGACUCCCUGCUGCGCUGCCACAUCUGUAAAGAGUACCAAACAGCUCCGGUAUUAACUACCUGUGGACACAGCUAUUGCUCUGUGUGUAUAAGGAAGUACUUGAUCCACACGGCCAAAUGCCCGAUCUGCUCCAAAGAGAUACGCGAGGCGAAUCUUCAGAGGAAUGUGCUGCUUGAGCAGGUGGUUAUAUGCUUCAAGACGCUUAGAGAUGACCUGUUGGAGAAGCUGACGGUUGAAAGCAAGGUUGAUGAUAGGCAACGUCGUGGCAGUUGUGAAGUUAUUGAAAUUGACGAUAACGUCGAGGUUGAUGAUGAGUUGGAGAUUGUCUCAGAGACAAAGAAGAGGAGAAAUGUUGGCCAGGGAGGGUUGGAAUCCCUGUUCAAGAGGAAAAAGACCCCUCCAAAGGUUGGCCCAUUGGGUACAUGUCCCAUCUGUGCUAAGCAGUUCCCCAUCCGUGUCCUUGAAAGUGAGCACAUUGAUCUGUGCCUCAAUACGCCUCUUCUAGAGCAAGACAAAGAUAGCAUAGUGCCGAAAGAGUCGGAACAUUCAUACCAGAAACUGACCAAGUUAGACUUUAGCUCGCUAUCAAACACCACUCUGAAGCAAAAGCUGGCAAAAUUAGAACUACCGACCAAUGGUAACAGAAACCAGCUGGAGUCACGAUACAACGAAUACCUCAUCUUGUGGAAUGCAAACUGUGACUCGAUAGUGCCAAAGGAUCCCAAAGUUUUGAGAAGGCAAUUGGCGCAAUGGGAGUCAUCUCUCAAGUUCAGAAAGGAUGAUCAUGAUAGACAAUUGGAUAAGAAAGGUUGGAGUGAUUUGAUUAAACAAGCGAGAAAUAGCAAGAUGAAGACAAGAGAGGAGCAGGAUGAUGCACAGGUUGAAAGCAUAGAUAUCAUGAGUACCAACGAAGAAGAUGAUAGUAAUCUGAUUACAUCUGCACAACCACAGAAUUGCAGUAUACAAGCAUCAACUCAAGAAUCUACAGACCAUGAAAGAGUAUUCGCAGAUUAG